CCCAUGCGCCCAGCUACGACCGCCUCAGUGCCCGGCCGGAGCUGCAAACUCUCCCGUACGAAAUAAGCUCGCGCGUUUUUCCGCUACCCUUGCGCUUGUAAAAUACACAAGUAAAACGCAAUAAAGGAGGAGACUGUACGACACGCGAACAAGAAGAACGUGUGAGAGAGAAAAACAUGCGUACGAGCAGAAGAUAAAGCCGGACGAAGAACCAGAUGGAUACCGGAAAUACCAACAAUAAUAGAAUCAGCGUUGAAUUUCAGGGGUGAGAUAGGAGAGAAUUUAAUUCGAUGUGGAAACGGGGGUUGAAAGGGCACGCGGAAACUGAUUCGAAGAGGAGGAAGUAAGGCGAAAAAAGAAAUAAGAUAAAAAAAAAAAAAAAAAUUGAAACGAAGGCGAAGGAGAACACGUUCGUAAGGGUGGAGAUGAUAAAAUAUGCCGAGUGUUCUACGGACUGCCCGAACGACACGACGUCGUGAAAAUAAUUCAGACGCCGAUGAAUAGCACGCGAUGCUACCGAGAUGCUGAUAUGCUACAUUUUUUAUAAUCUCGCGUUGAUUUCCAGAAGUGUAUGAAAUAUAAGAGGGACUCGUACCGCAGAUGAUAACGCAAUAAUCGGGGGAUUCUUCAGAAAGGUGAAUGGGAGGUACCGACGGACCCGUACGUGAUAUAGCAUUCGCCGAUGUUUCAAAAUCUCAAGUGUCAAUAAGCGGACUGAUUUACCGAGCCGAAUAUUGGACAUGGUGAAGGGGGAUGUUGGUGCGCUGGCAGUUGCUGCUCACAGCCGCUACAGCGGCUGUCUUCUUAUCCAAGUCGUAUGUGGAAUCCGCUAGUUCUUCGACGCAAUCUUCCCUCUCAUCGUCGGCAUCAGACUCCGCUGUCGCUCCCCGACCCGCUGCAUCCUCUUCGCUAAUUUCUCACGGCUGUCGUCCCUCGGAAUAUCUGUGCGACACCGGCCAGUGCUUGGCUCAAGAUAAAUUCUGCGAUGGAGAAGACGACUGCGGGGAUAAAUCCGAUGAACCCAGAUAUUGCUCGCCAUGCAAUCGAACCCUGUACGGCGAUGUGGGACGUACUUACGUAGUCGAAGUUCGCCGACCGCGGGAAGAUCGGUUGCCGUUUCUCUGCAACUUGAACUUUACCGCGGCCGGAGGUGACCUUGGGGAUUUGGUGCAGUUGACCUUCGACACUUUUACCGUCGGGCGUUUCUUAUCCUUUAUAUCUGAGGGAUGUCCAGACGGUUACAUGACCAUAAGAGAAACGGGUCGUCCAGCUACGGGUGGUCAAUGGUGCGGGAGUGCCUGGGGAUAUACGGUCUACUACAGCGAGACAGCAUCAAUCAAUCUCACCCUUUUUCUAUCUCGUCUAUCGGAGCAGGGCGUCGGAUACAAUUUCGACUUCAAACUGUCGUACAAAUUUUUGAGGAGAAGCGAGGCGCAUUUGAGGUACGGUAACAGCACGAUGUCAACUUGGCGAGGAGAUCUGGUGAACGGGACUUAUUGUGACCGGGUGUUGACGCGGUGCGACGCGAGGACAUGCAGACUUCAAUCGCCGAAUUAUCCCGGCGUUUACCCGAGGAAUGUGACGUGUUACUACAGAAUCGAACAGAUGCGAGCACCCCCGGGUCAUCGGGCGUUACUAGCAGUCAGCCAGCGUAACAGUCAUAAAAUACACAUCAAGGAUCAAAUUGUCAAAUACGACCGUAGUCAGCGGAUAUUAAGGGUUUGGGACCAGUGUAACGUGGUACAAGAUUAUUUGACGGUUUACGACGGCGGUUCGACGUCGGACCGUGUUUUAGUUCGACUUUGCGGAGGUGAUGCAGUCCCCGACAUUGUAAGCAGCCAUAACACGAUGCUACUGGAAUUUCACACCUCGCCAUACGACAACCCCUUUCAUCCGGUUCCUUUGAGCUUUCUGCCAGGUUUCGAGUUGGAAGUUCAGGUACUAUUCGUAGACGAGAAAUCCCGCAGUUUUGUCAAAGAGAACAAUAACUGCGAUUUCUACAUCUCCGGGUACGAAAGCUCCUCGGGCAUACUCGAAAAUCCACGACACUCUUUGCCACCAAACACUACGUGCAGAUAUCAUUUUCAAGGGAGAACCAGCGAAAUUGUUUGGAUUUCGUUUGUUAAAUAUUACGCGGCGAAUUCCGACCCAACCGCCAGUAUUGAUACCGCUGCCGAGUGUAACACGAGACUACAAAUUUGGGACGGUGCUUAUUCGUCGGAUAAACAGACUACGGCCAAGAACGUCUCUCUGAUGGGUGAAUUUUGCAAGGACGACAUACCACGUCUCUGCGAUCACAGUCUUCUGAGAAACAGCAGCCGUCACACGCGCCCCUGUACGUUGUCCGAAAGUUACGUUUCCACCGGUAGAGAUCUAACGAUGGAGCACAUACUGCGUCAGGGUAGCGCUCUUUAUCCGAUCAGUUUCGUACUGCGUUACGAAUUCGUUCACGCUAACGGAGACGGUGGUGUACCGGUUCACGAGUCCAUGUCCUGCAACGAAGUGUUCAAAUCAUCGGUAUCGAGAGCUGGAAAGUUCACCUCCCCAAAGUCAGUGUUUUUCUACGGCCGCGGAGGCGCCCAAAACCUCAGCUGCAUCUAUCGUUUCGAAGCCGAUAGUGAGCAGAGAGUGCAACUGAGCAUAUCGGCGGCAUCUUUUGGCGAAAGACUGUGUGAUUCGUACGUAGAUCAGCUGAUAGGGCGAUGGGAAUGCGUUUACAAUUCGGAGAAGGACGGGAUAUCGGAAAUAGAAAUUUCCGAAUAUCCCUGGUCCGGUGUGAACCUAGUUCGUGACUGUUUAUGCUCAAAUAUAAGUGAUAAAGUUAGUGUAAGGACACUUACCUCAGCUGUCGUCGAGCUAAGGUUCAGAGUAACGAAAAUGAACAUCACUCAGGAUUACAAAAACUUUUUCUUCGAGGGUAAAUACCAGUUCGUAGACGCGGCUUCGGAACCCGGUGUAAAAACUUGUACGAGCCGCCUCGAAGACAGAAGACUCCGAGGUACGAGCGGAGAGAUUUCUCUGAGGAAUCCUCUGCCCCGUCUGCCGAUUCAAGGUCAAGGUCUGAUCCAGCCUCCGGCCGAAGAGGUCCUAGCAAACGCCGCCGUCGAGGACUCCACCGCGUCGCAAUGCGUCAACGAGCCUUGGCUCAUAGAACCGGAGGACGCCCAAAUGAAUUUCUUGUAUCUCAGAACGUCGGGCUACAGUAUAGCCAACGACAACUUUGCCGAUUGCAGCACUUUGAACAGGAUAGUCGUCUACACGGCGGCGAACACCAGAGAAAGAAGCGUCAUUUGUCCGGAAGCGGGAUCUGAAAACGCUGCGCAAACCGUCGACUUCUUCUCCGACGGAUGGAACUACAGCCUGACCAACAGCUCGGUGCAAAUUCUUCAACACUCCCGGAGUUUCGUCGUCGAGUUUCUCCAGAGGGAACCCGGUUUCUACGCCGUAACUUGGAUGGCGAUUUCCAAAAGACCGCCAAUCUCGAUCACUUCAAGUUCCUUCGCCAUGUCGCCCACUCACGACUGUCUUUAUAGAUGUCCAGAGAUCCAAGCGUGCAUAAACGUGGCUCUUUGGUGCGACGGGGUGCGUCAUUGUCCCUCAGGUUUUGACGAAGAGGAAGGCAAUUGUUCGUAUCGUUUCGGAGUGACAUUAUUAUACGUAGCGGUCGGUGCGGGAGCUUUGGGAAUAUUUGCUAUACUGCUUCUAGCCACAGGUUGUUUAAAAUAUUGUUUGUACCGUCACAAAGCGAGAAAGAAGAAAAAAAACGUAGCCAUGAACGUGAAUCAUUUACACGUUAAUCACACCCACCCGAAUAACGGUAUAACCGGAAGUAGAUUGAGUAAUCGUUAUCUAGCUACCCCGCAAGAAAUGUUUCUCGACAAUUACGGUAAGGAUAGUAUUUGUUGACAGCAGGUUGUUAUUCUAUCGAAUAUCGAAACUACCGUGUGAAAAACUAGAAACAUUGUAUACCUAUAUAUAUAUAUAUAUACAUACAUACAUACACAUACAAUAUACUUAUUCUAUAUAAAAUAGGCUUUCAUUUUUAUACGAUUAUCAUUGAAUCAGUUCGGUUAUAAUUGAAUAUAUGAUACACAAACUAAGUAAGUAAAACAAAAUUAAAUGAAAUAAAUAAGAAUCAUAUACAAUAUAAUUGUAAACUCUAGACACUAUAUAACGUAUUAUUACUAUCAAUUAAUCAUGAACGAAUGAUAAAAAAAAAAAAAAAAAAAAAAAAAUCAAUACGGACGAAUUGAAUAAAAAGUUUCUUGAAUCAACCUGAAAAUCCUAUCCGCGUCAGCAGAGAUCGAAGAUGCGGACUUUCGGUUUAUGCCAGUACUCCCUUGGGUGUACCCAUAUAAUGUAUAGUGUACGUAAAACUGCACAUUAAACAUGAAUAUAUAUCCACGUUCAGUCGAUAAAUAUGACGAUACACGUAGAACUUAACGUGAUAUCCCUGGGUGCACAACUUGAAUAAUUAAAUUAAACGAUUGAUUAUUCCACGCAUGAACCGCGCGAUUGAUGGUGACUAACUUGAUGGAAAAAAAAAAAAAAAUAAUAAGAAAAAUGAUAGAAAGAAAGUAAAACGAAAUAUUACAGAUAUAGGUGCCAAAAAUUAGCAACGAUCAUGAUCUCGAGCAGUGUACGUGCUAUUAAAAAAAUAAUUAAAAAUAAAAAUAAUAAACGAAGGAAAUAAAAGAAACUAAUCGCAGCAAACGCAAACUAUAAGUAUGAUAGUCGAACACAUCACAUUAUUAUAAUAAAUACACCCACUUGUAUGUACAUGUGAUAUAAAAGUAAUAAUAAUAACGAUAACAAUAAUCAAUCAUGUAGAAAACAUGUAACAGAACGUAUAUUCGUAUAAAACACUACUACCGCAGUAUACAAUGCUUUCAGAUGAAAUGAUAAUUCAAUUAUUAUAAUAAAAUUUGCACAUCAAAUACCGAUACGGAUAUAUUAUACAUACGGGAAAAUUAUCAUCGGACAGAGGUUUACUUUUAUUACUUUAUAAUGCAUAUUAUUACAUAUUAUUGUAUAUUCAUUUCACGGUACCAAUUAACAUGAUGGAAAUAUGAAAUUCAAAACGGCUCUAUACAAAUUCUAUUAUAUUAUACCUCCGAUAACAAAUCAGAAUUUUUUCGACCGCACAUAUUGGAAAAAGAUGCAUGUCCGUGGUACAUUAUAUGCUGUGAUAGAUGUAUAAGCGUAUCAACAAUCCGAAACUAAUGAGAAGAAAAUAAAAAUGAAAUAAAACAAAAAUAAUUUAACAAAAACGAGAAUAAAACAGAGAAAACAAACAAAAAAUAGAAUAAAAUGAACGAACAUGUGGAUGAAAAACAUAAUUUGGGUAAUUAUUCGGUAUAGAUAGUUAUACUGUAAAAUAUACGGCUGAGAAUCGGAGACUAUAAUGUUUCAAACGCGAGCGUAUACACACAAUUUAUAACAAUAUUGUAUUUAUUCAAUUUUAUUCAGUUUUUUUUAAUGUAUUCGCCUGCGGUACAACACAAUUCAUCGAUAAAACGAAGAGGCGGGGUGUCGGGGAGGGGGAAUAGACAAAUAAAAUUUCUGGUUAUAACGUUGAUCAAAGGAAUGUAUAAAUAUUACGACCAAUAGCUUCAUAUUAUACCGAUAGUAUUAGAGAAAAGAGAACGACAAAUAGAAAAACAAUGGUCUGAUAUCGGUUUAUAAACUACAAUGAAAUUUGAGCAAUAAAAAGAAAUUAAAGCGUUUAAAAAUAUUUCAGGUUCGCGUUAAGCAAAUGAAAAGAAACAACGAGAGCAAUUUUUUUCAUCGUUAUUGUCACCCUCGUAAUUCAUUUCGUUUCAUGUUUUUUUUUAUUUUCGUUUUUCGUAUCUUUAUCUUUACGUAAAAAUUUUGCUAUCAUCAGGGAUGAUAAAAAAAAAAAAGAGAAAAAAAUUAACUGUUUUAUCAGCUCCUGAUAAACCUGCAGUGUACCAUUACAGGUAUAUUAUAAAAUCGCGUUUGAUUUUCGCUAAGUGAGUUUCACCAUACUCCAUCGGCUACGUAAUUAGCUGAAAACCAAUUAGGAGUUAUCGGAAGGGUAAUUAGAUGACGAGAAUAUAAGAUUAGGGAGCUGAAAACUGUCGGGAAAACGUUAAAAUAAACGUAAGUUUCACGUUUCUAACUCAUCUGAAAUCGGACACGUUUAUUUAAUAUGCCAUUAGAAGCGACGAUCCUAUUACUACAGGAUCUAGUUUGAUAGCGUGCGCCAGCUACUUUAUAAUUGCACUCAUUUGCUAAAGUGGUGCUGAUCAUCUCAUCAAACUUUAGCAAAACCAUCGAUUCGACGAGCCUUAGGUAUCUCAUGCGCAACGAACAUGUACGUCAUAUACCUAUACGCAAUUUAUCUCGACUUGUAAAAAUACCGACACAUUCCUCGUCAUAAUCCUGAUCAUCAUCGUCAUAUGUUAUCAACAUUUAUUCAUUUUAGCGAUCUCAACAUUUAAAUUAUACUUUAAAAAAAAAAAAAAAUGCGGGCUGCUUUCUAGACGGUAAAA